AUGUCAGAUGAUCCAACAAUUAAGAAACAGAAAAACAAUGAUGGUUCAGCUGUGUCACCAUUACCUAAAGGUUGGGAGAAGCGUAUGAGCACUUCAAGAGGUCGUGAAUAUUAUAUAAAUAGAACUACUGGACAAAGUCAAUGGACAAGGCCUUCUUUAUCUGAAGAAAUUUCAUCAACUCCUUCUUCUGUACAUUGUUAUCAUUUACUUGUUAAACAUAGAGAUUCUCGUCGACCAUCUUCAUGGAGAAGUGAAAAAAUAACAAGAACAAAAGAAGAAGCUAUUGAUAUCUUAAAGAAAUAUAGAGAUGAAAUUGCUAAUUCAGAAGAAAAAUUGGAAACAUUUAUGAAAUUAGCAGGAGAAUACAGUGAUUGUUCAUCAGCUAAAAGAAAUGGUGAUCUAGGAUUUUUUAAAAAAAAUCAAAUGGAGAAACCUUUUGAAAAUGCUAGCUACGCAUUAAGAAUAGGAGAAAUGUCAGAUAUUGUUGAGACAAACUCGGGUGUCCAUAUUAUUUAUCGUGUAGCGUAA